UUUAGGCAAACCUCGGGCUCAUGUAAGCGAGAUUACGGACAGCUUUCAAAACCGUGUCUGAAGUUUUCAGGUCAUCAGUACAAACAAUGCUGAGUCAUAGUCCACCAUGGAAAGCGUUUGACUAUGAAACAACCCACUUCUGGGUUCACUAUGGUCUGUGUACAAUCGGUUUUCUACUUGCAGUGAUAACUUAUGUAACACAAGCUGCAAAACCAGCUCCUUAUGGAAAACAUCAGACAUCUAAUCACUCAUUUGGCCCUUUGGUUCACCAAAGAGUUGCACACACUGUAUCAGAUGCAAUCCCAGGAGUCUUUCUGUUUUCACUGGUAUUUUUUCUCUAUGGAAUCCAAAAGGAAUCCAUCAACUUGAUAUUGUACUCUAUGUGGCUUUCUCACUAUUUGCAUCGUGGAAUUAUCCACCCCUGGAUAAUGAGAUACAGUAGUCUAAAGACCCCUGUGGGAAUAUCUCUGGGAGCACUGUUUCCUAACCUUCUAUACAGUUUCCUUAAUGCUGAUUGGAUUGGCUCAGCAGACUUCGAUGAAAAUUACUUCAAAGAUCUGCGCUUUGUUAUUGGUGUCAUAUUUUUUGUGGCAGGAUAUGUUAUUAACCGCUAUGCAGACUUCUUGCUUCGCGGACUAAGAGCUAAAGGUGAUUCCAAAUACUACAUUCCCAAUGGAUUCUUGUUUGACUUGAUUUCUUGUCCUAAUUAUUUUGGUGAGAUGCUUGAGUGGUUUGGCUGGGCAAUAGCAACAUGGUCUGUAGCUGGUGCAGUCUGGCUGUUGUUUUCUAGUGCUACAUUUCUACCAAGAGCUACAGACAAUCACAAAUGGUAUACAAAGAAAUUUGCUGACUAUCCCAAGGAUCGAAAAGCUUUGAUUCCCUUUUUGUAUUGAACCUAAAUGAUCUUGAUCUUAGUCAGUCAGUGUUGUAGAAUAAAUUCAAUUGGUGUUUCAUUACAGUUAUUGUUGUGUUAGAAACAAUAAAAUAGCUCAAAAAAAAUUUAUUUAAUCUUUUUUUCUUAAACCCUUAAAACAUAAUGCACAAUUUAUCUCUUAGAUGCUUAACAUUUCCAAGAACAUUUCUCAAAGAAAAUUUGCUGUUAAAAAGAUAACAUCAUCCAGCAGAUAAGGUUGUGGACUUGGGAGUAACAAUAGUUAAGGAUGACUCUACACUCCCCAAAAUUACAUAAUUCCCAAAAAAGGGAUCCAGUCAAUGGAUCCAAGUUAUCUGUUGUCUUACCUGGACAAGGUUUGCUUUUAUUAAAGAUAAGCUUGGAAACUUUCAGCCAUAGGUUCCAAGG